AUGGCAGCAAGAGGUGGAGCAAUGGGAGUUUCAAGCUUCCCAUCAUCACCUUCAUGUUUCAGGAAGAAUGGCAGGGCCACCUCCUCUACUACACUCCAUUUGGUGAAGCCAGUUGAAAAGAAGGCACCGACAAAGCCCAACAAAAGUCCUGCUAAGCCACUUUCUCAGUUGAUGGAGGAGGAUGUGAUCCCUUCUUUGAAAGCAACUCUUGAGGCUCAAGAUCAUAUCACUGAACUCGAGCUAUCUUUCGAAGACAAAAGAUUGGAAGGCUCCUUCCUAAAGAAGGGCACUCCUUAUUCAUUUUGGGCCUUCUUCCCUGACGGAGUCCUCACAGGUCCAAAAGGGUUUUCUCUAUCAUCCUACGGUUCAGGGGUCAGCACAGUUGAGCCUUUUCUGAUCGAUGAGAAGAAAAUUACUGAAAAACACAUCGUAUUUUGGGUCGAAAAGCGCUUGGCAGCUCAAGGAAUCAUUCCUGUGUGGCGAGGAUAGUCCCUCGCCAAGUUUAAAGUUCAUUCAAUUCAUUCGAGAUGAUGCAUGCGUUAGUUCGAGUACGUGCAAAUAAUAAAAUAAAAUUAUUUAAGAAUUUUUUA